AUGUCGUCACUCAAGGUCGCCGUGAGGGUUCGACCCUUCAACUCCCGCGAGAUCGACAUGGAUGCGCAGCUCAUCAUGGAGAUGGAGAACAAGAAGACGCGCCUGCUGAAGCCACGUCUGCAGUCCAUUCGCGAUGCCGGGCGGGACAAUCAUCACGACUUCACCUUCGACUACUCCUACUGGUCAUUCGAUGCGGAGGAUCCGCACUUUGCCACCCAGGAGCAGGUGUACAGCGAUCUGGGCAACGAUGUCGUCGAUUGUGCCUACGAAGGAUACAAUGCGUGUGUUUUUGCCUACGGACAGACUGGCUCUGGCAAGACCUUCACCAUGAUGGGCACGCCAAACAAUCCCGGCCUGAUACCGCGCAUCUGCGAGGAGCUCUUUGCCCGCAUGCGUGUGGGCCAGGAGUCGGGCACCGGCUACAGGACGCAUGCCAGCUAUCUGGAGAUCUACAAUGAGCGGGUCAAGGAUCUGCUGGCGGCACAGAGCACUGGGCAUGGGCUAAGGGUGCGCGAGCAUCGCAGCCUGGGUCCUUAUGUGGAAAACCUGUCACAGCAUGCCGUCUCCGAUUUCGAUGAGAUUCAGGAAUGCAUCGCAAGGGGAAAUGCGCAACGCACCACGGCCAGCACCAACAUGAACGAUACGAGCAGCCGCAGUCACGCCAUCUUCACGAUCACAUUUGUGCAGGCGGUCUUCAUGAAUGACAUGCCAAGCGAGACAGUCUCGAAGAUCCAUUUGGUCGAUUUGGCAGGCAGUGAGCGUGCCAAUGCAACGGGGGCAACGGGUCAGCGGCUGAAGGAGGGCGCUCACAUCAACAAAUCGCUCGUGACUCUGGGUAGCGUGAUCUCGGCUUUGGCGGAGCAAACGGGUGGCGGUCACAACAGCAGCAGCUCCGCACUGGCCACCACACCGAAUGGGGCGAGUAAGCGGGUGCUCUACAUUCCCUAUCGCGACUCCAUACUCACGUGGCUGCUCAAGGACAGUUUGGGUGGCAAUAGCAAGACCAUUAUGAUUGCUGCUCUUUCACCGGCCGAUUGCAACUACAGUGAAACACUCAGCACGCUGCGGUACGCGAAUCGGGCGAAGAACAUCAUCAACAAGCCGACGGUGAACGAGGACACCAAUGUCAAGCUGAUCCGUGAGCUCAGGGAGGAGAUCAAUAAGCUCAAGUCCAUGCUGGCGGGCGAUAUUCACUCCCUGCAGCCAUCGCUCAAAGUAUUGGCCGAUCUGCAAAAGAAGGAGGCGCAAGAGAAAGUACUCACCGAGGAAUGGACGGAGAAAUGGAAGGUGGCCCAGUCUAUUUUGCAGGAGCAGAAGAGUCUGGGUCUGCGAAAGUCGGGUGUGGGCGUGGUACUGGACUCAGAGAUGCCGCAUCUGAUUGGCAUCCACAACGACGUGACCACCGGAGUGACCCUGUACAGUCUGAAGGAGGGUGAGACGCGAAUUGGCAGUGAGGAUGCAGACGUAGCCCAGGACAUUGAGUUGGCCGGCGAUGGCAUUCGGGCGCAACACUGUAGUAUUUUCCUAAAGGGUGGUGUGGUCACCCUGCAUCCCUGGCCCUUGGCCCAGUGUUGGGUGAACGCCCAUCUUAUUGACGAACCCAAGCAAAUCUCGCAGGGCGAUAUCAUAUUGCUGGGCCGUACGAACAUCUUCCGUUUUAACAAUCCCGCCGAAGCUGCAAAACUGAGAAAGGAUUUGAGUAGGUCACAGCUGGACAUGUCUCGGCUUUCCCUGAUCACCUCGUCCAAGGAGAAUUUGCUCACCUGCAGCAUAUACUCGGAUGAGGAUGGAGCAUCGCCCUACAAGCGUCCAGAGCGACAGUAUUAUCCCCAGCGUCCAAUGUCGCGCGACGAUCCGGAAUUGCAGGACGAGAAUAGAAAGAUCCUUGAUACCAUUGAGAAUGCCCUUAAGCAGCUCAAUGUGGAACGCGUCCAGAUGCACGACCAAUACAAGACCAAAGUGCGCAAGCUGACCGAAGAACUCAUUCGCCUCGAACAGGAGGAGAUGGACACCUUGCAGUUGCUGAAUUGUCGUGAGCAGGAGCUGAUUGCCCGCAAGGACAUGCUCCUGUGGGAAAAGAACAAUGAGAAGGUUCAGAUCGACAUUGUGUGUAGACAAAUUUCAGCGUUUCAGACGCAGCUCGACUCUAAGAAACGAGAUUUCUCUGAGUAUGUAGCGAAAGAAUUGCAGGAACUGCAAGAUUGUGGCAAACUGGACGAGAUGGGAAUGAAGAUCGAAGAGGGCACUCCUCUGAAUGAUGAACUGCUGUUGCAGGUAUCGGAUUCCCUAGAUUUGUUUGCAGCGCAGUUUAUAAAGGACACUGUGCGAAGAAAUAAUGAGGAAAUCCGGAAACUGGACGAGCAAAUAGCCGAAAAGGAAAGAAUACUCAAUGCCAGCACUACAAAAAUAGCUAAGGUCGAUGAGACCAUGCUGGAGAUCCAGGCCCAGCUGGAGCGCCUGCGUCUGGAACGCGCCGAAAGCGAGGCCGAAUCUCAGGCGAUGCGCGCUAGGAAGCAGAAUAUGAAACUGCAGCUGGGCAACAAGUCGAUGUCCACCUCUACGAGCACUAACGAGGCUGACGAUGUGUCCAAGUCGGAUACGUAUGAAACCUGUGAUACCUUCCAUACCGCUCAGUCCAACUUAUCACUCGUUUCAUCGCCCACAAUUACGGAAGGCCAGCAGUCGCCGCUCAGCAAUUGUUCUUGCGAUGCGGAGGAUGAGGCCGAGGACACGCGGAAAGAUGACCUUUCCGGCAGCAGCGAGGAGACUUCACGAACCUGUACCGCUGGUCCCAGCAGUGGCAGUGGUAGUGGGAGUGUAGGCAUUGGUGGUUCGGGAUCCGCGCCCAGCUGCACACCCAGUUCGCAGGCUGUCAUGAGUGACAGCGGUGUUUGCCUGGACAGUCGUAAUCAGGCCAUCCUGCAGAAUAGCCACCUUAACAAUUACAAGCAUGGAGUGCGCACCAGCGACGAGGACACCGGUUCAUGCUCGUCCUGCGAGCUGGGACGGCACUCAGAUAUUGCUCGUCCAUAUUGUCCACUGCAUUCGCUGCGACGCAAGAUUGCUGCCCAGAAGGCACUGAUCAUGAAGAACCUAGAAACGGACUUGAACAAGGCACAGUUGGAUGAGCACAUUGCCGAUCUGCAGGAUCUGCAGCGACGCUAUAUACAAAUGGAGCAGGAGAUGCUGCAAUCGGUGCAGGAUCUGGAGGCGCAUGCCCAGUGUUGUGCUGACGAGCGUUCCGGCAUGGAACGGCAAUAUGAACUGGCCAGCUCUAUUAUGCGUUCGAGUGUCAUGAGUCCCACCAGCAUGGAGGAGUCCACUUCGCAGAUAUAUUCACCCAGCAUGACAAGAUCGUGCCCAUCUAUGCGCGAGUUUCCUGAAGGCGAACACUUCAUUACCAUCCCGAGUUUUGUGAUGCGGGGCGCCGGCAAGCAAACGCACUACGAAUACGAGGUUCGCAUCGCUCUACCCGAUGGCAAGUUAAACAUUCUGCGUCGAUACAGUCGCUUCAGGGAACUGCACCUGUGCAUGAAACACUGCUACGGUGCCAAGAUAUCUGCAUUACCCUUUCCGCGGAGAGAGCUCUUCGCCUCGAACAGCGAGCCGGUGGCGAAGCAUCGUCGCCGCCUUCUAGAGCUCUAUUUACGACGCCUAUUCGUCGUGUGCUCGAAGAUUCCGCAGUGCCCAAUCUACGACGGACCCGGCGGAACGGGCCUCACACGCGCCUCCCUCGUCCAGCUGUCGUCUUUUUUCAAGAAAGGCCUGUUCGAAAACGGCAAGCACGGGACGGGAUAAUAGUUAACCUACUGCUGAAUUAUCUCCUGCCUACAGUGUGUCUUUUUAUUUACUUGUACUACCUGUUAAGCUAUAUGAACGACAACAUGGACCUGUUUUGAUUAGCUAGCCGAAACUACUGUGUAGAUUAAAUUAGUUUUAAGCCCCGUAGCUAUGUAAGACCACCAGUGUCCUUUCUAACACUCGAACAUAUGUGCGACAUUUUUUAUACCCAUUGUUAUCUACUGAAUCGGAGCUUUAUAUUGAAAUCACUGUAAAUGUAACUGCCAGUGGCGACGUUGCAAUCUCUGAUUUGUACUACACCAAGUGCAAAUAUAUAUUCUAUCUAUUAGUAUCGAUAUCGCGUUGGAGGUUUUUUAGAUGGUUUGUUGGUGUUUGCGGCCAGUUUUAAUUAGUUAAUUAUUUCCAUUUACUAGUUAAUUAUACGCAUAGGUGUACGACUUCCACAAAGUUAUUCCAGUUAUUUAGUCUGUGAUUGCCAACUGAAGUUAUAGAUCAGAAUCAGAAUCCAAGCAAAUGAGCGUAACUGAACAUUUCACGAGCGAGUAAUAGUAAUCCAACUGACAACUCCAUAGUCUAAUAUCUCUUAGGCGUAAGCUACUUGUACAAAUCGAUCACUGAAGGGUCUAGGUGGGCAGAUGUUUAGCAGUAGGUAUUAGGUUCACUAGCUACUAAGUUCUAGAUCUAAGUCGAUGCGUCGCAAUUAAACUACACUAAUUAUGAGUACAAUUCCCGAAGAUGUAACAACAUGAAAUGUUCAAUGUAAAAAGCAUAGACUAAGUUUACCUAUAGCAAUAUGCUAGUUGAUAUUGAAUGGUGAAAUUGAUCGAUCGGCCGAUCGAUGGCAAUAAGUGAAACAAUAAUAGCCUAGAUGUAGUAAAACCUGAUGGUUCCGCCCACUCAAAUGGAAGUUCCUCAGGGACAGGCCAAUUUCACGUUGACAACAGGGUGGCUGCUGUCUUAAAAAAAUAAAUACGUAAAUAUAUACAAUAAA